CUUGUGUUGACCGCUCAAACACGCCGUGCCGCCGUCGUGCGUUGAACCGCGAGAACCACUUGUUCGUAUGCAUGUCACACUUCUUCGAUGUUGGCACCGUCCCACGUACCGUUUGUUUCCUUGUGUUUCUGCCUUUCCGCGAUCACUCCCCACACCUUCUCAGACUGUUACGCAGGGCGAUCAACCCACUCUUGACCGUGAUCAUAAGGCGGACCGGUGGGCUAGCUGUGAUUAAUCGCCUCUAUCCGCGCCCAAUUACGACCCACUACUGUAGCUUGCCGAAAGUAUGCGCUGCACUGCUUGUUCACUGAUGACGUGCCUUGAAAGAGCUGCUGGUUCGUCGAAGGGCCAACAGUAAACUUCUACUCCAUCGGUAAACUACUUGCGUGCCGCGAGUGAUCUCUUUCCGUUUAUCUCCGCCCGAGUUGGCCAUCCGAACACCGUGUUGACGUUUUCUUUCCGCUUUCAGAUUGGCGGUCGAUGACUGCUCGUAUGUUACCCGUGUGCCCCAGAUGAGUUUGCCGGUCGUUCUGUGAAUGGAUCGAGCGGCUUUGCGAGUCUCCGACGGAGCGUCGCACAAUCACGAAACGCCGCCCGAUGAUUCGAGCCUGAGUACAUCCUCGAAUGAAAGUGCUGGAGCAAAACGAAAUCCCCCUGCCAAGCCACCCCGACGGCGCCACUCGGUCACAUCAUUAAAAGACACGGAAUCGUACAGCAGCCAGUGCCGCCCCUCACCGAGCACCCCAUCUGGUCGCCAGGGGCGUCGGGGCGAUGGCGACCCUUGGGCUGAGCAUGGCCAGUGGAUCCUCGACCCCCCGCCAAACUUUGGUGGCGGCGCGCCCCCUUGCUUCUCGCUGAGCUAUGGGGGUGGCCACGGCAGAUGUGGAGGUAGCAGCACGCCGACGCCCGACAGCCGAAACGACUUUCGCUCUCUUCCCCUCAGCGUUGCUCAGGAGCGCAGGCUGUGUCAUUCAACGCCCAACCAGCCAGCGGGAACCUCAACACGAACUGGUCUGCACACGAGGCCUUCACUCCUCCUAACAAGCUCAACCCCUUUGCACUAUGCCAAUUUCCCGCCAAGUCCUGUCGGAAGCUCGGAGCGGGACAUCCCCGACGUUGUAUCGCGACCCAUCCUAACAGUCGCCACAGCGGCGACUCCCGGCUCGUUGAGCACUUCCACCUGUCGCCGAGGGUGUGGUGAAAGUGACAGGUCCACUGCAACUAUGGGCAGUGCCAAUAAUGGUUGCGCACCAGCCUGGCUUGUGGCGCCCCCUGGCAGCCCACGUCGGACUCACAGCGACCCUGUUAUCCAUCUGGACGAAGUUGAUGAGGAGCAGGCAGAUAAUCCGAGCAUCUGGACAUACACACCUAGGUCCGGCUUGGUCUACAGCAAACCAGAUCAUUCUGCAACUUUGCGGGCACGAGCAGUGGUACCCGAAGAAGUGAAAGCGCUGCAAGAAAUUAACAGCAAGCUGUGGAACCAGGUGCAGCACCUUCAGUCCCAGCUGGAGCUGCUGCGAAGAAUAAAGUCACCAGACAAGCCUCCCUCCACCUCGGCCAAUGGUGUCAGCUUUGCAGAACUGCUGGCAGACGUAUACUACGCACAACGAGAGCGGGACGACUCAAUCAGUGAGCGGCUGGCCAGUGCCAACCAAAGCCUGGACCUGUGUCAGAAGGAACUGCAGAAGCUAGCAGAAGCAAGGAGUGAUGCGUCAGAUGGCUCGGGUGAAGAAGAGAACUGCGACAACCUGGUUCUGAGUGGCCUCGACAAGAUACUCCAGGGUCUGGAAGGCAGCUGGGCACCAGCGCGGGUGACGCGGCACCAGGAGACGCUGCUGGCAACUGUGCAGCGUCUGCGUGACCACCGAGGCAAGAGGGCAAGGCACCGGCUGCGUUCUAUCCAGGCCGAGCGGGACGUUGCACUCGAAAAGGUUAAAGUCCUCGAGAAGGAAGUUCAAGAACUGCACAUGAAAGCCAUCUGGAAGAGCGAAAACUGGGGCUGCUCAAGCAAUGAUGCUGUGCAACAGGCGACCAACGAGCGGAAUGCUGCACUCGGCCGACUUCACGAGCUUCAAGAGAGCCUCGCAGCACAGGCAAACAACGGUGAUCGAGGAACUGGUGAUGGAGUCAAGGUAUCAACAGAAGCACAGACAGACUUCAUUGGCGUUCAAGAUGGUGUCGAUCUGGUGGCAAGCUCACUUUUGCAGGAGCUUAAAGAAGAAGUCGGUCGGAUCAGCCAACGUCUCGACGAAGAGGCCACGUCGCGGCAGAAUGCAGAACUGAAGUGUCAGAGGUUGGAAGAACUGGUGAAUGGCUUCCAGAAGCGCCUCAACGGACUCAACAACAGCUUCUGACGACAUCGAACUGUGGGACUGCUUGUGCCUUCAACUGUUGCAGCAUUCACAAGUUGAAAACCAGCUUUUUAGGCCCCUAGGGAAAGGUCAACAUUCCACGCAAAUUGUGCAUAUUCUUUUUUUCCGGUUAAUAGCUAACCUCUGUUGCCACGUUUUCUGCAUCAUAGAUAGAGUGGCUAUAUUAUAGAGCUUUGAGAAAGUGAAGAGUAGGUUCUCUUCUUAUUUCUUUAGAACUUGUUUGUUAGUCUUGUUCAGUGCACUGUGUUUGUUGAGUUGGUAGACAUGCUGUGUUUCUUUUGCCGAUUCUUCACUGCCCGAAAUUUUUCAGUAUGCACAGGCACACACUGCACCUUGAACACCACUGAUGUACUAUAAAUAUAGAAGCAUAUUUUCUUCUGCAAUUAUAUGAGCGACAGGACAAAAUCCCUGUCCAACAAUAACUGACGUCUUAUUUUAAAGGUGCAGCAUCUGUACCGAAGAGAAAAGGUAUAAGAAAGUUUGCCUGCAGUAGUUUAGCUCAAGUGAAGAGACGUUCUUCAGGGAUUCCCGCUUUUCACAUUUGCUCGGACCUGCUGCUCCCUGCAGGCUUCUAGCUCUUUGCUAUGGAGUUAGUUGGACAAGAGUGCAGACUCGGCCAAAAAAAAAGAAACCAUUGUUACAAAGAUGAAUGGACAAUUUCUAUGUGAGCUUUCCAAAUGGGAAUGCGCAACAAGUAAAAAGUAAUUGUUUGCCACUAGCUGGCCCACACUGCCUUGCAGUGACUGUACCCUGAACUGUGGAUUGUUGCAUGUUUACGCAGAGCUGCUACAUAAACGCACUGAUGAUCUGCAUGAGCUGCUGUUUCUAGAACUGCCGAACCUAACCUCCAGGGCUGACAAAUCACAGACUUCAAACAGUUUAUCACAUAACAUGAAAUAGGAAGGGCCUUUACUGGUUUAACUGGAUAAGCAUCUGGUUAGGCUUAGCUAAGCCUAAGUCGCUUCCAGUGUCAAUUGAUUUGCUGUACAACACAAAACAGACGACUUUUCAGCUGGUGAUGAUUCAGCCCACACCACGGUAGUCAGUUCGACCCAGCACUUGAACUCUGUGGUUGCGUUCAGGGAUAUGAGACUUGGCAAGCUUGUACUUGGUGUGUAGCUUGACGGGUCCAUUGGAUUUACCUCACACUUCUUGAACUGGUUCACCACAGGUCACUGUUAGUUCUGUGCCUGUGCAAAAAGAGUCCAGCACCUCUUGCAUGAACCUGCACCGCCUUUUUGGCAUAUGUCUGGAAGUGCUUGCAUUGUGUAAGGUGAAUGCAUGGCAAUGUGCUAACACCACCACCAGCGCCUGAAUUAGUUCAGUAAGUGCAGGCAGGUUGGAUAGACCCAACAACAACAUUGUCACUCACUCAGGCAUGUUCCCUAUUUGUCUGGCAUAUGAUGAGCCGGAUAGGCACGAUGCAUUCACUUGCGUUCAUGCAUGCAUUGCAUAAAGUUUUGCGGCUCACAUUUCAUUGUAGAGAAUGUCUCACAAGAAAAUUUGCUGCAAAUGGCAAAGUGAAGAUGCACGCCGUAGUGCAAUCAUUUGAAGUAGCAAGCAGAGUUGAAGAAAACAAGGCAGUGGACCAAAUGUUCAUCAUUUACAUUUGAAGAAAGAGGUUCAAUCUGUUGAGUUAGAAGGACUUCCGAGUCAAGCACUUCUGUCUAUCUUGCUGCAUGUUCAUCUUCUUGCAAGCUUUGUUCACAUCCAUAGCAUACUGCAUUAUAUGAGCAACGACUCAAGAAGUGAUUAGCAGGUGUUGCAGAAGAGACAUUCACUUCUACGGGACACACGUCUGUUACUUGAUAAUUAUUUUUUUCUUGCCAGCUGUUUUGACUGUUUGUGUCACAGCCAAUUCGUCAUCGCGUUUGUGGCAUCCUUUCAGCUGAAACAGUGGCAUGUUACGGGGACCAAGAUCGACAUAAUCCACUUUGCGUUGCUUUUGACUUUCCAGCCGCCUGCUGAAUGAAUGUGUUCUUUAGUGUAUCUAGAGACUCAAUUUACACCUGCACGUAGCGUCUAUUGCUGUAUUUUUUUCUCCUUCCCACACUGUCUUGGUGACGUAGUGCACAAAAGCUCAGGUAAUAUACUCACCACUUGUGAAUAGUACAAAGCACGGCGGCUGGGCCGCUCUUGCCCUUCUAUGACUCCUUGUGCAAUACGAAGGCCGCACGGCCGGCGCCCUGGUUUGCACAUGCACUUAACACACUCCUAGCAGGCGUAGGAUGGUGGCUGCUGUGUGGACAACGUCUGGGGAAAGGAGAGGUUAUGUGGACCACGGAAGUCGUAAGAAAACUGGCUUCUAGCUGGCUGCUUAUUAUGUUUAACAAAUGCUCUAAAUUGAGCUGGUUACAGUUUUACAUGCCUUCCACAUGCGAAUUCCCUUCCCCCCUUUUCCUUAUUUUGCAUUUGCAUACAUAUUUAAGUUUGCAGUCGUGGCAGUCUGGGCCUCUUGGUAUGGCCAUUAGUAAGAUUGCUGGAUUGCUAGCACUCUGUCUUGACUAUCUUUUACUUCUUUCCCAUGUGCUCCGCUACAACCAUCUUUCUAGUAAAGUUCAGUUUUCAGAAUUUUGUAUUGUUGUGAUUUGAAAGAUAGAUUACAUGUAUGAGUUAUCGUUUGUGAUCAUACAGAAUCAUAGUGGAAAAGAGACACAAUGUGCACUGAGAAAGAGGCUGUAGGCCUACACUAGUCGUUGUGUCGAGAAGUCAGCAAGCCCAAGGCUAAUGCCAACGCAGUAUGGAGAAGUGCACAUACCGGGCUAAGCACGAUGACCUAGCAUGAGCAGGGAAUAAAAAAACAGACCAGUCUUCGCCAGUCUCUCACUGGCUUCAGCUGUGCAGGGCUAGGACAGGACGACCGAAACCAGCAAGAGACCAGAGGCGACUGGACUUGUUUCAUUCCCUGCUCAUGCUACGUCACUUUACCCUGCCCGCUGUUUGUCGGUACCACCAGCACUUCGGCGGCAAUGACCGCUAAAGGCUUUCCCUCGGCACACAGACAGGCUUUAAACGUAACUGUCAAAACAGGUAACUAAAGAAGUAGAAGCUAUGUAACAUGAUCCUUGGCUAUCGUGACCGUAGCACAAAAGCUGAAAUGAACUAAUUUGCUUCAUUUACAGCAAGCGAAAACAAGAACUAAAGUUCUAGAUGCGUAGUGCAUUAAUUAACCUGGUUCUGACAGUAUUGGUACAGUCUGUGGGGGCAUGUACAGCUCAAGCUCGAGGGUUGCGAGGUUAAUUUCAAAUAAAUUUGCACUUGGGAAAUUCUUUCAUUAAUAAACAAACAAAUGGUAUACCACCUUUGGUAUACUGCGCAAUGCCAUUAUAUGUGCAAUACAUUGGGAGGAACAGGUGAAACAAACAAGGCAAGAGUGUGUAUUGACAUGGCAAUAUUGUACAAGCAGACUUAUUUAGGGUAUUAAUGCAUUGUUUAAACUCUGGCCUCUUUCUUCAGUGUGCACAAUGUGGGAUAGACCAUUGUUGCCAACCCACCACUGUAGCAGGAGCUGCUGGUAGCUGCAGGUCUUGGUGAACUGUGUGGCAGCCAUGGUUGGGAAGUAUUUCAUUUGUCAAGAGUGAUCAUUUCCGUAUUGUAUUUCACGAUUGUGCACGUUUGUACAUGUUGACAAAGAGAAGUCCGCUACCAGAAAUGUACGACAGGCUUUUCACCAUGAACAUUGAAAACAAAAAAAGACAGUCCACAGGGGCCUGCUGUGUGGCCAUUGUGGACAUUAUUUCAUCUUAUGCAUAAGCUAUGGACUUUGGUAGUUAGGGCGGUUGGCAUUAUGCAUUAGUAGAAAUAUUGUGCCAGUUGCAAGCACUCUGAGAUCUCUAGCGAAAGCUGCAGUCUGCACAUAUGUAUGCACGUAUGUGCAAAAGUCGGCACAUGCCUGUGUACACGUCAUGGGGGUGAUGAUGAUCAUGUGAUGAACGUUGUCGUUGAGUCUUCUCACUGCUUCUGUGGUCCGCAAACUUCCAUUUCCGAGAGUACGCUUUAAGUUGUCUUUUAUUUCUUCUUACCUAGAUCUUUAUUUAUUUGUGACCACCUUGAUGUUGGUUGGGUGAGGCACUGUAAUCUCCGUUUCUUUUACUUUUCGUGUUGUGCAUUUUGUGGCAUGCAAUUAUGAUUUUACAAAUCAGUAAAGGCAUGGGAAGAUGAGUAUAAUGCGUGCACUUUGGUCACCUUCGUGCAUUGAAACUGUUCUGACACAUGUGAGCAAAUGGCCUCAGAUCUUCUCACGGUUAUCGGCAGUGCCUGUGUGUGUGGUAGAUGCAGUGAACAUUAAGGCAGCUUUAAUGGCAAUGUGUUUUUAAAGGCUUGUUUCUAGAAAAGAUAUGGUGAUUUUAGUAGGAAAAUGACUAUUCCUCACAGUCAUCUCUGCUUCAGAGAGCAAGAUGCAAUAGCUGUGUUAAUAGUGUCAGCAAUAUUUGGCUAUGACAAAGUUUCACGAAGCUUUUGUAGCGUGUCGCUGACUUGGAAAACAAAAGAAGUUUAAGAAAUUCAAGAUGCUCUUGCCCGACGUCGUCACUUUUUUAUUGACCCAACACGGUUGUUGUCAAGUGUACAGCAGCUUCUGAUAUGCUUGUGGUUUCUUUUGUGGGUUUUUGUUUUUGGCAUAGUGACUUCUGCUAACUAAAUGUUACGUCUGUUAAGAGCUGAACUCUGCUAUCUUUUUCUGUAUUUGUAUGCCUUUGGUUAGCAUUGAAGUAACGUAUACUCGUAGCCACUUCUUUGAUGCUACCAACUCCUUUUAAGAGUUGAGCUGCAUUUUGUUUUGCGGAUGGCACUUGCAAGUUGCACUAAAGGGGAUGUCCAAAGCAAUGCAUCCUGAAGCAUCUGUGCGCUUUAUCUUAUCUGCUUCUGCACAAGCCAUGUUUUCUGGCCCACUGCAUAGCUAGAGAUAACUGACGCAUCCUCUUGCACCCCGUAUAAACACUCAAGUGCUGCCCAUGGGUCCGAAGUGCUGCCAUACCAACGCUGGCUGCAACGCGCAGCCAGAUCAAGCAGUAACUGUGGUGCUCGCUGCAGACUGCCCACCCUGUAUGCCCUCGAACGCGUCGAACUUUAAUACCAUCACCUGAAGCGAGCACUGAUACCUGCUGUCUGUGCCUUUCCAAUGGCAAUGUAAUUGACGUCCGUACAUUGUCAAAACCCCGUCCUGAUGCCAGUUUCCGAAAGCACCAGAUUUCAUGCUGGUGCCUGUCCUUAGUUUAGCAGGCAGUGAAAGCACAUACAUGCUCACAGGCCUGCUUGUUCAGCAAUAGAUAUGUCAUAUUUCAUGGUGAUCGUCACGAAGUCCUUGUCGGCAGACAAUGAUAUUUAGACACUGCAGUGCCAUGCACAUAUUAUAUAUGCAUUUCCUCCUAUUGGAGUAUUAUUUUCUCACAAACUGCUAGUUGUAUGGUGCUAAAUGGUUCAAUGCAAUCUGCAUAGUGUGAAUCGAAUGUUGCCUAAAUGAGGGAGACGAGGGUAAACAGUUCUUUCUGCAAAACUGCUUGCCCAUUCAAGUUCAGGUUUUGCAUGCAGCUAGCUUUUCAUGGUGUAGAUUGCUUAGUACUAUGUGUGGAUGCAGUAGUUACCUGUCUUAUUCAGGAUAAAUUAAAAGCAUUUGUCUGCAGCAGUGCUAGCCAAUAGAUCUAGAUUUCCUCAGCUACGUAGCGAUGGUGUCUGUCACUGUUUCAGCAAGAGACAGCAUAGACUGUCUCGCACUAACAAUUACAGGUGGUGCCAUUGUUUCUUUCACUAAAAAAGUUACCUUUUCGGUCCAGCAUUGCUGCGAGACUGUCUGUAGUUAUUUAUUUACUUAUUAUACACUUAUUAGAUUGUAGGGAUUUAGUUACAAUCUAAAAUUAGCAUAUUGUUAAAAUGGUAACAGGACCAACUGGAAUAAAGAUGAAAUAAACAUUAAACAGUAAAAAAUCAGUAACAUACAAGCACUCGUUAAAGGAAAAAUUUGUUGCUCACAGUUUUGGACAUUACAAGUGACCAAUUGUGGGCAAUCGACACGUAACAAAUAGAUAAUUAGAAGGCUUGUGAUUUAUCCUGUAUGCAACAGGACAAGUACUGCACUAUUAGACAUUAGAAGAUAUGCACUGUGAAAUAAUACUGCCAUGCAGAUUUUUAGUGUAGACGGACCAGUGGUUAAGCCAGAGCAGCAGUUUAUACCGUCGUCCUUGCUUAUACAACAUUCACUGCAGAUGUGAGUGCAAAGGAGGAAGUUUGGAGCUUGACGUCGUUUCAUUGUAUGGAGAUGCAGUCGUGCAUUUACAAAGUAUGACGUUGAAGUGAUUAAGAGUAUGAGGCAGUGACCUUGAAUGUGUGAGUUCUGGUGUGCGAUGCUCGAGUCCAUAGUUUUUACAAGGACAGCCAUCGGUCUCACCUUUGCACCUCUCGAUUGAUUGUCCUCCUAUUUGAAGCACAUAUGACUCCGAUAUAAUUUUUUUUUUCGCUCACUUUGUGCCUUGAGCCAGCAAUGUUUUUGCAGUGAUGCCACUUUCAUGCCUUCUGUUCGUGUAGCACAUCUCUAUCAAACAGCGUUUCACUGCUCUAGGCAUAAGAGUGUCCUACAAGAAUCCCUAGGGGGAACUCUUGGCACUAGCAUCUACUAUGGGAGCUGCAAGCGUGUUGGUAUAGCCAGCACGGAAGCAGUGCACGGAUUUGCCUAAACUUACUCCUUCUGGCUUCAAACGGCUUUGGGACUUUGCAGAUUGGCGAUUUUUGGCCAAGUGUGAUUUUGACCACGUGAUAUAAGGUAUCCACCAUCACUCUAGGAGACCCAUUGCCUUGCUGUGUUUAGAAGACUGUGAAUGCUUGGAAAUUGAAAAAAAGUUUAAGCAUAAUAACUAACAUCACAAGACGACCCUGAAGCUCCAAGCAUGAAUAUCGGACAAAUCCUAGUAGUAACCAUCAUGCCCAUGGUAGCUGAAUGGUUGCAGCACCAGAAUUUCCUCUAGUAAUUUUUGUAGGGAACUCUGUGGCUGUAUAAACACAAGAGAUAUUCGGUUGACCUAGAUUGAUGAAAUGCACUUCUGGACUAAACAAAUGUGUUGGACAUGGCAUUAGUGGAGGCAUUUGUGUGCCAGAAAACGAUGCAAAAACAAGUCGGGGCUGGCAAUGCCACUUUGCAAUUUACGGGCCAGCAUGUUUUGGUUGCGGCUUCUCAGCAAUGGAUAGUUGUUUAUAUCAGUAAAAGAAGGGGAUUGCAUUUCAUUUUAGAGCAAGCAAGGACUUCACAACGUCUGUGGACUUUUCGUGUAGAAAAAGGGGCUUGAAUAUGUUUAAAAAAGGUGAUGUUUGUGACAUCAGAACGACAUCAUUGGUGUCAUGGCUUGAGUGUGAAAUUCAAGAAGAAAGUUUUCCUGUUGUUUCCUCCACUAGUAAUUGACUCUUUGUCAAUAAAAUGCAGUUGCAAGUAUCAAAAAUGAAAAAAGAUCAGUGAAUCUAAAACAUAUUGCUGUUCAGUGUUCCCUUUAAGAGCAAGUUUCAACUUUUGCUUUUCUUUUUUCACUUACAUGUGCAGAAAUUGUCUAUUUAGGCAAAUGCUGACAAGAUUUGAGUUUGCUGUAUUAAAGCAAAAUGUUGGUUUGUAGUGACCACUGGAAACAAAUGUGUUACGGGCCCUCAAAUGUAUUGCAAUUUUUUUUUUAGUUUUAUAGAAAUGUGAGCAUCCAGUUUAUGACAGUAACAUGGCAACAAAAGAUGUUGUGUGACCGGCACCUGAUGGAGUGUAUGAAUGUGGCCAAGGUUUCCUGUUAAUUAUGGCACUGGUGCUGCCAUGCCACUGUCGCAUGAACUGAAACUUUUGCAUAACUAAUGUACCCGAAGUCAUGCGUUCACAUAAAGUGUAAUUUAAGGUCUUGAUGGCUUUGAAUGCUCUAAGAAGUUUGGUUUAUAGAAUCACAACACCUGUUUUCGUCGGAGAGUUGCAUAGUACUAAACUUGAUGCCUUAUGUUUAGCAAAGCUAACUUUCUGAUCUUUGUAAAUAUUUUUUGUAAAAGAUAAUUGAUGGCCUUAACAAGAAGUUUACUACCAUCGGUCACUGGAAGUGGGCUUUUCCUUUCAUAUGCAAUAAAUUUUGUUCAACUCUGUUAAGGUGCUGCCCAAGGAGGGCUUUCUUGAAUUUCACAUUCUCAUUCAAAUAGUGCUAACGCUUUCUCCUAAUGUGAUUAAUACUUUCUGGGCACACACAUGCCCAUUUCCCACGUGGGAGUGGCCCGCUUCAUGAUGACUCGCGAUGUGCAGGACUUCAAUAAAGUUUUACCGUACCAUACCAUGCACACGCCAUAGACAGCUGCCUUGAUUGCAUCUCUUGAUUCCUUGCACCGACCAGAUUUGCGGCCGAUGUUUUGAGGAACAUGUCUGUUCACAAUGAAUUCUGCAGUGAUGCACUUUCUGCUUUAUGGCAUUCAAAUUGCUUCCCACAUCUUGACCGGUGUUCGUUGCGUCAUGUUGGCAGCAAUGCCUGCCGCGUUGAUGACAAACAUCUAUGCAUAUAUCUAUGGUACCUAUGGACUGUGACUUGUCUGCUAGCCUGUUAAAUUUGCUCUUUGCUCAUUAUGAAAUGGGUGAAUAUGUUUCCUUGCAUGGAUGUCAGAGCCAGUAAAAAAUAUUUUGCCAUUUUUUUGCCAGCUGUUUAUAGAUACUGUGCUUGAAGACAGCGCUUCAUUAGAAGGCUUGUGCUGCAGUGUGCAGUGUUAGUAUUAUGGAUGCUCCAACCGUGAAUGCCCGAUAAGAGGUAACGUAUAUCAUUGUGAUUGUUAUACACAGUGUAUUGCGCAUAGUUCCCAUGUGAUGCACAAAUGUAUUUUUUUAGCUUGUAUGAAGAGGAUUGAUAAGAUGUUUUGUCCAUUUUUGUUUGUUACGCAAUAUUGUAGGCUCAUGAAAUACAAACUGCAGAAACCUA